AUGGCUUUUGCCAGGACGCCUGAUGGAGCCCCCGGUCGACCCCCCGGACUUUUCGAACAGAGGCCGAAGACUCCGAUUGCCCAGGAGGAAGUAGAGGCUCUCUUAGAGCUGGAGUCGCAUGCGGGAGGAUGGGCCGUGGUCAAGGAGGAGGAGAAUGUCCGCUUAGAGCUUUGGCCCAGCGGUGAUGAGCCGAGCGAGAUCUUCCUGCUCCGCGGGUUUAUGACGCUCCCAGGCGUCGCCCCAGAGACAGCCACAAAGCUGCUCUAUGACCCAGACGCAAGGCGGGCCUGGGACACGGAGCUGGAGAAGCUGGAAGAGCUGCCCCAGGCAGAGGAGGGCGUCUUCCACGUGCGCACCGUGUCCAAGUUUGGGCUGCUGCCGCAGUGCGACGUCAUCCACCGCCGCCGCAAGGUCGCGCCCUGCCAAACUGCCUUUGCCGCCUGGCUCUGCCGCGACGUGGAGCUUGACAUUCCCCAGGAGAGUGGCGAUAGCGGUGGUUGGGACGACAUGUUCAGCUGGGUCGGCGCGCUGCAGCGCUUCCGUCUGCGCGGGGCGAUCUUAGGGCACGUGGUCCGCAGCAAUGAGGAUGGCUGCAGAGUGUUCACCUACCUGCAGAUGCAGGCCACUCCCCUGGUGUCGCUGCUGGGCCCCCGCCUGGCCCCGGAGCUCUUCACCGGCGUGGGCCAAGCUUAUGCCGCGGCGUGCACGGGUUGCGCGGCGAUCACCACGUCCCAGGAGGCUGUCAGCAUGCUCCGCGGCGCUGGUUGGACGGUGCAUGCAGAAGUCUUCGCGGAGCCGCAGCGAUUGAGGAACUCCAUGUGGAGCCAGUGCCUGCAGGAUUUCAUCGAUGUCGUGAGGGACAUGAGCGCCGCUGGUCACCAUGUUCUGGUUCUCGUGCCAAAGUGCUAUGCAGGCACAGUGAAGAGGUUCGAGGCGGUGGCCACACAAGUCUUGCCACUUUCGGGCGGCUACGAGGAGACGCGGGUCCUGGCGAUUCUUCAUCCCAGCGGCCAGGGGGAAGUCCAAAGGCGCACGGCCGUCCUCCCGCCACUUCUGCCCGAGUCGGAGAUGGAUGCAGUGCGCCACGUUCUGAUGGACACCGGGUUUUCCGCCCACCAGGCUGGGGCUUUCUCAGGCUUGACCAAGUUUUGGUACGCGAAUUCCUGCGGGCCGCUGGUGGUGUAUCCAUAUAGCUUUGCGUAUGAAGCUGUUGCCAAGCGCAUUCAAGAGUGCAGAGACGUUGGCUGGCGCCGGAGCACAAACAACUUGGUGUUUGUCCUUCCCUGGAGGCAUGGUUCCUUCAGCAAUAAAAGGAAGAGUGUCUUCGGCCACGUAAUGGCAUAUCGGAUAGUGAAGGGCGGCGGACCAUUCAUGCUUCCGGACUCUCGCAAAGUGGUGCUGCGCGUGCUUUCCAGGCUUGGCUAUUUUGACCGGCGCUGGAACGCAGAUGAGGCUGAGGCGAUGCUGACCUUUUGCAGAUCAAGUCGGAACAAGAAGAACCUUCGAAAACUGGGGCUGUUGCCGGAGGAAGGAGAUGCCAUUGCAGACAUUCGUGACAAGCUGCGAGCUGCCUUGCUGUCUGACGAGACACGUGGCCACUGGCAGCCAUCGCCCUCUGACCAAGAUGUGCAGGCGCGCCUUCGGAAGAAGGGGCUGUUGCAGACCCAAACGUCGCGAGAGGAGGUACUGAGGGCGAUGAAGGCGUUUGCCAGGAAGCUCAACCUGCCGCCCAUGAAGACGUACAACGGAUAUGCGGCAAGCUUGCUUUCACACAUCAACGCCAAGGAUCCCAGCCGAAGGGAUGUGAUCGAUUUGCGACUGAAGCGGGGACAAAGAGAGCGGGGAAAAGCCUGGCGAUAA